UUAUUCUGAAUAUUUCACUUUCCUAUCUUUUAAGGGUUCCCCUAGAAACUUCUGAAAGAUGGCAGGCAUAUCUUUGGGACGCUUUGAUGAUUCUUUCAACUCGGCCUCCAUUAAGGCCUAUAUCGCUGAGUUCAUAUCCACCUUGCUCUUUGUUUUUGCUGGUGUUGGUUCAGCCAUGGCCUAUGGGAAGUUGACAUCAGAUGCAGCUCUUGACCCUGCUGGUUUGGUAGCAAUUGCAGUAUGCCAUGGUUUUGCUCUCUUUGUGGCUGUCGCUGUUGGUGCCAACAUCUCAGGUGGCCAUGUUAACCCAGCUGUCACCUUCGGAUUGGCUCUUGGUGGCCAGAUCACCAUCCUCACUGGUAUCUUCUACUGGAUUGCUCAACUUGUUGGCUCCAUUGUGGCAUGCUUACUCCUCAAGUUCGUCACUGGAGGCUCGGCGAUCCCCAUCCACAGCGUAGCUGCAGGAGUCGGAGCUGGUGAAGGAGUAGUGAUGGAGAUCAUCAUCACAUUCGCAUUGGUCUACACAGUGUACGCCACAGCAGCCGACCCCAAGAAGGGCUCAUUGGGCACAAUCGCACCCAUAGCCAUUGGAUUCAUCGUCGGAGCUAACAUCUUGGCCGCUGGACCAUUCUCCGGUGGUUCAAUGAACCCAGCUCGCUCAUUUGGCCCCGCCGUGGUCAGCGGCGACUUCCACGACAACUGGAUCUACUGGGUUGGACCCCUGGUCGGCGGUGGCCUCGCCGGUCUCAUCUACGGCAAUGUGUUCAUGACCACUGAGCACGUUCCUCUGGCUAGUGAAUACUGAUUUGUUUUGAACCUGUGGGGCUUGAAAAAAUUCGUGCUUUUCUGAAAUAAAGAAAAGGAGGAAAGCCAUCUUUCUUUUGAUUUUCCUUCCUUUUCUUUUCCUUUUCUUUUGUACUGGGUCUUUUUGUUCUGUUUUGAUUCGAACUUGUAAAGAUGGUUGAGCUCCAUUCUUCUUUUUCCUGUCCCAGUUCCACACUCAUU